AGCCAGUCAGAGGCGCGGGGCGCGGGGCGCGCGGACGCAUUGGAGGAAAACACUCGAGCCCCAAACACACCAGCCGGAGGAGGCGCCGCACCUACUUCCCAAUAUAACCAACUACAGAGUGGGGGAGCGUAACUGCAAGAAGGCAGCAGCCAAAGUGCCAUUAAAGCUCUGGGCGGAAAGGAUGCGUUACCUGGGUCCGGUCUUCUGGGAGAGGCAGGGCAAGCUGGAGGAUUCCCUCUGAAUGAUUAAAAACUCCGCAAUUCUCUUCUGCCACAGGCUGAGAAGGACCCAAGGAACUGCUCUGUCUGAACUGUGCCGACGGGCAGGAGGAUGGGAGACAGGAACUGAGAGUCACAGAGGAAGGACAGGGGAGUCUGGCAUCUCAUUGGUGUUCUUAAAAGAUUGCCAUUUAAUGCCAUUCAAGAUCUACAAAGCAUGAUUUCUGCAUGAUCCCUACAGAAGGAUUACUUUACAGAAACCAGUUCCUUGUUCAACAGAAUAAUUUGGACCCUAUUUCAGAAAGCAGGGCAAUCUUUAAUGAAGAAAUAUCAGCACUGAUAGACACGCUGGAGCACACAAGAUUCCAGUGACCCAGGAUGGCUUCCUUUUGGACACUAAUUCUGUUUCUCUCAGUCACCGGGUGUCUUUCAGAGUAUUCUGAAGCUCCUCCUGGUCUCCCUACUUCACAAGCAGCUUUGCUAAGAAUUAAGAAGAGCUCAUCCUCAUCUCUCUUUGGUUCCAAGGCCAGACAGCGAUACAGCAGCCCUUCCUUGGGAACACUGAGUGUCUCUUCGCCCAGCUGGCGAGGGGCAGCUCAACACUAUUAUUCUCCCAUCAGUCUUUAUCAUUCCUCAGAUGCCUUCAAACAAGAUGAAAGUGUGGACUAUGGGCCAGUGUUUGUACAAGAACCAGAUGACAUCAUUUUCCCAACUGAUUCUGAUGAGAAGAAGGUAGCACUGAAUUGUGAAGUUCGUGGCAACCCAGUUCCCAGCUACAGAUGGCUCCGGAAUGGAACAGAAAUAGAUUUGGAAAGUGAUUACCGCUAUAGUUUGAUAGAUGGCACCUUCAUCAUAAACAAUCCAAAUGAAGCAAAGGACUCUGGUCAUUAUCAGUGUUUAGCAACCAACACCUUUGGAAGUAUUCUGAGUAGAGAAGCCACACUUCAGUUUGCCUAUCUGGGAAAUUUUAGUGGCCGGACAAGAAGUGCAGUCUCUGUGAGGGAAGGCCAGGGGGUUGUUCUGAUGUGCUCUCCUCCGCCUCAUUCACCAGAGAUCAUCUAUAGCUGGGUGUUUAAUGAGUUCCCUUCUUUUGUGGCGGAAGACAGCCGGCGGUUCAUUUCCCAGGAGACAGGCAACCUUUAUAUUUCUAAAGUGCAAACCUCAGAUGUCGGCAGCUAUAUUUGUCUGGUGAAAAACACAGUGACGAAUGCUCGAGUACUUAGUCCUCCAACACCACUCACUCUACGAAAUGAUGGUGUGAUGGGAGAAUAUGAGCCGAAAAUUGAGGUGCAUUUUCCUUUCACGGUUACAGCUGCUAAGGGAACAACUGUUAAGAUGGAGUGCUUUGCACUUGGCAACCCUGUUCCAACAAUCACAUGGAUGAAGGUUAAUGGUUAUAUUCCUAUUAAGUCACGUCUGCGGAAAUCUCAGGCAGUGCUGGAAAUACCGAAUGUGCAACUGGAUGAUGCAGGCAUAUAUGAGUGCAGAGCUGAAAACUCUCGUGGAAAAAAUUCUUUUCGUGGACAAUUACAAAUAUACACCUUCCCACACUGGUUAGAGAAACUGAACGACACUCAAUUAGACAGUGGAAGCCCUCUCCGAUGGGAAUGUAAAGCCACUGGAAAGCCUAGGCCCACAUAUCGGUGGCUGAAGAAUGGAGUACCACUCUUACCUCAGAGUAGGGUUGACAUGGUUAAUGGAGUACUGAUGAUCCACAACGUGAAUCAAUCGGAUGCUGGGAUGUAUCAGUGUUUGGCUGAAAAUAAGUAUGGAGCCAUUUAUGCAAGUGCUGAACUGAAGAUUCUAGCUUCAGCUCCCACCUUUGCACUGAAUCAAGUGAAGAAAACAAUAAUUGUCACCAAAGACCGAGAAGUGAUAAUAGAGUGCAAACCUGAAGGCUCUCCCAAGCCCACCAUCUCUUGGAAGAAGGGAGAUAAAGCAGUAAGAGAGAACAAAAGAAUAGCUAUUCUUCCAGACGGGAGCCUACGGAUACUAAAUGCUUCUAAGUCAGAUGAAGGGAAGUACGUUUGCCGAGGGGAAAACAUCUUUGGUUCUGCUGAAAUAAUAGCAUCUGUAUCUGUAAAAGAACCUACAAGGAUAGAACUUACUCCUAAAAGAACAGAGUUAACUGUUGGAGAAAGUAUAGUCCUUAAUUGCAAAGCAAUUCAUGAUGCUAGUUUGGAUGUCACUUUCUACUGGACGCUAAAAGGACAGCCUAUUGAUUUCGAGAAAGAAGGUGGACAUUUUGAAAGCAUCAGGGCCCAAGCAUCCUCUGCAGAUUUAAUGAUCAGGAACAUCCUUCUGAUGCAUGCUGGGAGAUAUGGCUGCAGGGUACAGACCACAGCAGACAGUGUGUCAGAUGAGGCAGAACUUCUUGUUAGGGGUCCCCCAGGUCCACCUGGAAUAGUAAUUGUGGAGGAAAUCACUGACAGCACAGCCACACUCUCCUGGAGUCCGGCAGCUGACAACCACAGCCCAAUCUCCUCCUAUAACCUGCAGGCUCGCAGUCCCUUCUCCUUGGGCUGGCAAACUGUAAAAACAGUCCCAGAAAUCAUAACAGGAGAUAUGGAGUCAGCCAUGGCAGUGGACUUAAACCCCUGGGUGGAAUAUGAGUUUCGGGUAGUAGCCACCAAUCCAAUUGGGACUGGAGAUCCAAGCACCCCAUCUCGGAUGAUCCGCACAAAUGAGGCAGUUCCAAAGACAGCACCCACCAAUGUCAGUGGAAGAAGUGGAAGAAGGCAUGAGCUGGUCAUCGCCUGGGAGCCAGUAUCUGAAGAGUUUCAGAAUGGGGAAGGCUUUGGUUAUAUUGUGGCUUUUAGACCCAAUGGAACACGUGGCUGGAAGGAAAAAAUGGUGACAUCCUCUGAAGCUUCCAAAUUUAUUUAUCGAGAUGAAAGUGUCCCUCCCCUUACACCUUUUGAAGUAAAGGUUGGCGUUUAUAACAAUAAAGGAGAUGGACCUUUCAGUCAAAUUGUGGUCAUCUGUUCAGCUGAAGGAGAACCCAGUGCUGCUCCCACGGAUGUCAAGGCUACAAGUGUGUCUGUGUCAGAGAUUCUUGUUGCAUGGAAACAUAUUAAAGAGAGCCUAGGAAGACCGCAGGGAUUUGAGGUUGGUUACUGGAAAGACAUGGAACAAGAAGAUGCAGCAGAAACAGUCAAAACUAGGGGGAAUGAGUCAUUUAUCAUCCUGACAGGAUUAGAAGGAAAUACCUUAUAUCACUUCACAGUGCGGGCUUACAAUGGAGCUGGAUACGGGCCACCUAGCAGUGAAGUGAGUGCAACCACCAAGAAAUCCCCCCCCAGUCAAGCACCUAGCAACCUCCGGUGGGAGCAGCAAGGCUCUCAGGUGUCUCUGGGCUGGGAGCCGGUCAGACCUUUAGCCAAUGAAUCAGAAGUCAUGGGUUAUAAGGUUUUUUAUAGGCAAGAGGGUCACAGCAACAGUCAAGUCAUUGAAACGCAGAAACCUCAAGCAGUAGUACCACUCCCCGAUGCUGGAGUCUAUAUUAUUGAAGUCCGAGCAUACAGCGAAGGAGGGGAUGGAACAGCUAGUUCCCAAAUCAGGGUACCAUCGUAUUCAGGUGGGAAAAUCACAAGCGCUCAGCCAACCCUGCAUACACUCUCCACAUCAUCAUCAGUAACGUUGCUCUUGGCAUUGAUGAUUCCUUCAACUUCCUGGUGAAAGCUGCCAACUUAAUUUGAUUUUCUUUGCUUUAGCUUGAGAGCAGCAGUGAAUAGAGUGUAGUUAAUUGGAGACCCAGGACCCUGAGAUAAGCUUUAAAACUUGGGACUACACAUGGUGCACUUACAGAAGGUCGGGAGGAAAAUAUUACUUAUCCAUCAGGUUUCUCUUUGGUUUUUGUAAAUGGAAAGGACAGUUCUUGGUCCAAUAAAAAUAUGCAGAUUGUAUGUAAUGAAUUUUUGUAAGCAAAGGUAAUUUCUGUCGAAUGUAUUCUGAAUUUUUUUAAUAUGUUGGAAUUUGAUUUUAUAUCUGAUGACUCUAAGUAUGUGCCAUCCAUUUGUUAAGUGGUAACUAGCAGGUCUGUUUCAAAAACAAAUACAAAACCAAGAAUGAAAAGUUUGUUUAGAAUCUGAGUCCAGUGUUUUUAUUUUCUAUUCAGCUAACUAUUCCAAUUGCCAAACCAGCAGGAGAUAUGAAAAAUAUUUCAGUUAUGUGGCCCAUUAAAGGAUAAAUACUCAAAAUUUUUCUCAAAAACAUAUGGGUGCAUAGGGAAAUUGCAAGAUUUAUCAAUACACUAUUCUAUAUGCACUCCUAGAACCAGAUAAUAGGGUAGGGAAUAAGCCAUUAAUAUACGUGCAAGGUAAAUAUAAAGUAAGUCCAAAUGAAUUUAUUGUUUUCCAUCAAGUUCUAUGUUAUCUAGCAAUGAAGAGUGUAAAUGUUUAUUUUUACUAAUACAAAAGAGUUUAAAGUCACAAAAAUAUAUGAUAACUAAAAACUGAGACAAUAAUAUGAAGCCACAGGCACUAACUUAAAAACAUAACAAAUAAGACAGAGCUUUUUAAUUUCUCUACCUACUUUCAAAGCAAAUUUGAAUUAAAUCCAAUGCUUUCUUGUAACUACAAAUAAUUUUAAGGACAAUAAAAAUUUGUUGUGGAAAUAAUUAUACAGACAUAUUGUCUGUGGAUUAAAAUGAUUCAAGUACAGCAAAUAAAUACUUUUCAGACAGUUCCAUGCCAUUUAUAAAAUCUUACCAACUACUAAAAUAAAGAAGAGCUGUUGGAUAAGUUGAUUUUUAGAAAAUUAAUCUGUGGGAACAUAGAAUCAUCAUAGGGACUCUGCUAUUUCUUCCAGACACAUACUGCUUGAUUUUCUAGCUUGGGAGGUGAUUACGACUUGCUAUUUUGAAAAGUCAAAUUGAACCUAAGUUAUUCUAGAUAGUUAUUGGAAAGCUAGGUGAAAGUUUUCUACUUGAUGAAUCAUGAAUUUCUAGAAAAUAUGAGGAUGUGCCAGAGUUGACAUUACACCCAAGAAUAGGUCUGAAAAGAUUCAUUGCAACCUCAUUUGCCAGAAAAGAGCCUAGAGAAACUAGUCUUACAGGUGAUGCUGACAUGAGAACAAAAAGCAGUUUCCCUUUAUUUUCCUUUAUAUAAUCUAAACCUAUCAACUCUAUUUGCAUCUUUACCAACUAAGCAUAACAAUAUUAAGUUUAAGUUGCUGGUUAACCAUUGAAGUAUCAGAGGAAAGAUUAGGGAUUCCUUUUUUUUGGAGGGGGGGGGGCGUUACUAGGAAUCGAACUCAGAGGCACUCGACCACCGAGCUACAUCUCCAGUCCUACGUUAUAUUUUAUUUGGAGACAGGGUCUCACUGAGUUGCUUAGCGCCUCACCAUUGCUGAGGCUGGCUUUGAACUUCCAAUCCUCCCAUUUUAGACUCUCCAACCGCUGAGAUUAUAGGCAUUCACCAUAACAUCUGGCAAGAUUAGGAAUUCUGUUCUGAACAGCCUAAAGAUUAGUUUUAGAGAGAUAACUAUAUAUUUCAAUUACUUGUUGUAUUUGGAGAAGAUUACGUUCAAGACACUCCUGAACAAACACAAAGUAAUUUAAAAUACUGUUUUAGUCAGAAGAUUAUAAUAAACACUACAGAUGGUGAAUAUGUUAGCCUUUAAAUAACAACAAUGAAGUGGCCUUUCUCGACUGACUCCUUUGAAGUGGGAGAGGCUCAACUUUGCAAAUAGAGGGAUGCUAACUCUCCUAAGUAUGAUGUAAUUUAUGAAAACUAAUUGUACAGGUGAAAAAAAAUGAAGGAUAUUUAAAAGUUGGAAAUAAUUGUUACAUAUUUGAUGAACCAAAAAGCAUUUUCUUCCUUUUCUAUAAUAUUCUAUACUAAGUUCAGUGAAGGAUUUCAAGAAUGAAGAUAUACUAACAUUUUUAUAAAGCAAAACCCAAUAAAUAUGUUGAUGUAUGACAACUUAAAAUUAACCAGUAUCUCCAGGCACAAUGAUACAUGCCUGAAAUCCCAGUGACCUGAGAGGUUGAGGCAGGAGGAUGGUACAUUCGAGGCGGCCUCAACAAUUUAGUGAGGCCCUAAGCAACUUAGAGAGACCCUGUAUCAAAAUUUAAAAAUAAA